AUGUUGUUCGCUACCGUCAUCGCCCCCGGCGCCACCGUUACCCCCAAGGACGACUUGGCCAGCAUCGUCCACUUGUCCCAUGUGUGCUUGAACGAGCCCAAGAACAACGAGAAGACCUACUUGCAGCUGGUAGAUGGCAGCAAGACCUUCAACCUCUGCUGCUUGCAGAAGGACGUCCACGAGAGCGCCAACCUCGACAUUUUCUUCUCCGUUACCGGUAACGUCAAGUUGACCACCAAGGGUGGCAAGAACGAGGUCCACGUCACCGGCUACUUCGAGCCCGAGGAGGAGAGCUACGUGUCUGACAGCGACGACGAGGACAUUGACGACGAAGAGGGUGGUGAAGACGAGGAGGAAGGCUCUGAGGAUGAGGAACCCGCCGCCAAGAGGAAGAACCCAGGCAAGGGUAGCAAGAAGUAA